AGUGCAUCUGGACACUUUACCAUGUAUGAAUGUCUUUGCAGCACAGUUUGUGAACAUUAAGGUUCAUUAAACAACAUAUUAGCAUUAGUAAGUCAAGUGAAUAAUUACAGAUUCUCUUUUUAAUUUGUAAUUGUAAUUAACCACAUGUAAAGCCUAUCUCAUUACAGUAAGUCUUUUAAGUCUUUUAUCAUGCUGUUACAUAUAUGUGCACAGUUAAUAAACUAGUUCACAAUAAAUCAUUGCCAAAGGAUUUUGUAGCCUUGUAGCCAAUGCAAACUAUUAAAAAAACAACAACUUAUGAAAAUAAAAGGCAUGUAAACUAUCACAAAAUGUUUGAAAAUAUACCCCACACCACUAAAAACCAGCUGACUGGAAAUUUUGCAGAUGCUGUUAUUUGGUCAGUGUGGUUAAAUGAACCCCACUGAAACGUGUCUUUCUUCAUGAGUAUUUUGUUUCAAGGCUUCAGUUCUCUCUUAUUACUGCGAUAUAACAAUCUCUCUUCAGAAAAAAAUGGCAGAAAAUAUUUAUUUAAACUAUUUAUCAGACACCAAACUGACAUCAGCGGAUAAAGAUGAGAGUAAGUGUGUUUCUUGCCCUUACUAACGGACUUUUAUAGAAUAUUGUCUUAACAUAAUCUUGCCCAAAGAUGCUCACAGCAUUAAAGCAUUUAAAUCAAGUUUUCAGUGUUUAAUGUUUUGAUUUUCCUUACUUUCUCCUGCAAUUAUACUGCAUUUCAGUGCCUCUAAUUUUCCUUUGUCAAUUAUUUGUUACAAAGCCAAAUUAAGGUUCGGACUAAAACUGUUUCAACUGUGCAUUAUCUUUGCACAAUUUAGAAGAAAUAUGAAAUGUAAUUCUGAAUCUUCUAUAUAUUAUUACAUACAUAUUAAAUAUAUUGCAUGUGUAAUAGUGCUUAUAUUUGUUAAUGCAGGGCACUGUUGUGAACCAAUGCUGAGGAAAUUCUCUGUUCUCCUCUUCCUGUCUCUGUUAGUGAAUGCAGUGUUGGCAUACCUGUGCUUGCCUUUAGAUUCUCAACCAAUAAAGAAAAUACAUUCCAUGAUUAUUAAAAACCACAGUCUACCAAACUACUGUUCAGAUUUACAAGAGAAGUGGAUCAGAACACAGGGCAGAUUCUAUGUUUUCUCCACUGAUGUCAUGGACUGGAACAGCAGCAGACAGCGCUGUCAGGAUCUGGGAGGAGACCUGGUCAUCAUCAACAAUGAAGACAAACAGGAAUUUCUGUCUAAAAGAGUAAAUGGUGUCAGUGACUAUCACUGGAUUGGCCUGACCGACAGCCAGACGGAGGGCAUGUGGCUUUGGGUGGACAACAACCCCUUAAACACCAGCCUCUUAUGGGAGUCUCCCCCAGAUGACUGGAAGAGUGAAAAUCAUUUGCAUGGUGAAGACUGUGUUAUCUUAAAGGGCGAAAAAUGGGGGGAUGUCUCUUGUUUGAGGAAAGAGAAGAGGAUCUGUGAGAUUCCAUGCUCAGUGACACAGAUCUAAAAUAAGAAGUUAGAUCACUUUUAUUGAUUGUAUUUAGACUGUAUUGAUUUUUCUUUAAACUUUAAACCUGUUGUGAUUUCCAUCGAAUGAGUUGUAAUCAUGUAUCAUGCAUGUUAUAUUUGUAAAUGAAGUUAUAAAUGUACACCUUGUGUACUGUAUACAAGAUUGUUGCAUUCCAUUCUAUUUUAUAUACUAUUUUUUUCUUAAUUCUAUUCCAAACAUGUUUUCUUAAAAAGCCAAAAUGAUUUAAAUAUUUCCCUGUCAUUUGCAUGCAACAUGCCAGAAUUAAGAAUUCAUACAAUAAGCUUCAGACAAUAGCAAUGCUGACAUUCUCUGAGGAAGGCUGGAGGCCAAAGGUUUUUAUUUAUUUAUUUAUACAAUUUUAAAGCUUCAGAUAAUAGGAAUCAGAAAUGCUAAUACUCUGAUGAGGGCUGGAGGCCAAAGGUUUUUGUUUAUUUAUAUACUUAUUUUUAUUUUAACAAUUUU